UCUCUAUCCAGAUAUUCCAAUAUGGCGGCCGAAGAAUCGUCUUUAUGCAAAAUUUCCACAGAUUUGGGAAGUUAUUAUUUGCUAACUAAGCUACAUAAUGGGGGCAGAGAUGGACUAGAAAUGACAAUAUGCAAUGGAGAGAACAUUUGGCGUGGCAAGGUUUCACCAGAAGAGAUCAGUUCUAUGGCAGAAGCAAUUGACACAGAACUAGAAUCGUACACACAGCAAAUGGUGAAGGCUUUUACUGGCAAGAGGACGGAUACUGAAAAUUUUGUCUAUCAGACAACAAUAGAAAAUAACAAACUGAAGUUUUAUUGGAAGAAGCAGCUUGCUGAUGGGGUCAAGUUUCAGCUAGGAUGUGUUGACUUCUCCACUGUUGACACACCACGACCGAUGAACAUGAUUCUUGACUUUGCCGUCAGUGAGAUGACAACUCUUAAGAGAGAAAUAGUGCAAAAAACAGAAGACAAUGGCAGACUUGCAAAUGAAAGAAGAAAAGCUGUCAAGCUUUUGGAUGAGUGUGUAAAAGGCAAAGCGGAGCUAGAAUCAGAUCUAUAUCAGAAGUUUGCAAUAGUACUGAAUGAGAAAAAAGCAAAGAUACGACAGUUGAAAUCCCAAGUUGAAGAUUCCAGUUCUGGUGUAACCGGACAUGACAGGCAAGAACAAGCUGAAGAAACUGGUUCAAAUAAGUCAUCUAUGUGUAAUGAGAAUGCCACAACAGACAUGACCGACUUUAGCCCGUCCUUGGCUGAGAAAGAGCCCAUAAAGCCUGCCGCAAAAAGGAGAAAAAGACGAGAACCCAAACCCGUCGCUACUCCAAAAGGGAAAGUCGUUCUUCCUAAUGUGCCUUUGACAAAAACGCCAAGCACCUCUUCCGAAGAUAGUGUCCACACUCCUCGACAACGAAGACUGCGAUCAGAAAAGCCCUCCGUUGAUUAUGAUGAAUUGAUGAAUGAUAUGUGAGAAAUAGAAGCCACAUGAUUUGAGAUCUUAUAAGAAGAAAUUGUGUUGCUCUAAAAAACAAGAGAAAAGAAACAGAGGUUCCCGUGGCGAUGCGACGAGUUGUAUUGUCCCCUCCCCCCAUGUCGUUCUAAUUUGCUCACCACAGGAAGCUUUCAUAAUUAUUUUAGGUAGUGUACGUAAAACCCAUCGCUCACACACAUCGCUGAAUUCUCCCACCGCAACUUAUGUGACCUGGAGACAAUGUUGUUUUGUUUUUGGAAAAUAAAGCUAACCUUAGAAUGGCUUUGAUUCCAUAGUGGUAGCUAGUGAUUGAGGUGGGUUGAGUUAGCUGCUGAGAUGAGCAUAUAACUACACCCUUUUUACAUAUGAGCGUCUUAUUUUAACUUGUCCUGUUUUUAUUUGUUGAUAUGGAAGCCUAGAAGUUGGUCGCAGAGAUAGUAUACAAGGGUUUCUUUAUUUUGUCAUUGAUGCUGGUAAGAUGUAUCUGUGAAAAGGGUUCUUUUAAAAGCAAACAUUGUACUUCUUGCAGAUUGUUAAAAAUUCUAAUUCUUACUACUUUGUUCUUUGUCAAACAGUUAUUAAAGUUGAGCAACGAACUUAUACUAAAA